AUGUCUUGCCCACAGGCGUGGGGAUUCUUAUAUCGCCUGUGCAAGGGUGGUGAAGACAAAGGUGUUCAUCCUGAGAUCCUGGAGCAGUGGAGAAGUGGGGGCCCAACAAGAAACAAGCUUCUUUCGCUGUUUGUCACCAAGUGCUUUUCUCCAGAAGAGGCAUACGAGACGAACCGAGCCAGACUGGAGGCUGUAGUGCGCUUGCGCCAGCUGUCCAGAGAUUGGACCAAAACGCUGAAAGGCUAUGAAUGGUUGACUGCUACCGAGAUGUCCACUAUUCACCAUUGGUCUGAGACAAAGAUUGCUGGCGCUGUUCAGUAUUGCACUGCCAAGAAGUUGACCAAGCAAUGCCCAUACGAGAAAGUGACAAAGCAAGGGGGUGAGCGUCUCAAGGAACUUGAGGAGAUUAUGGAGAAUACGGGGCUCUUCAAUGACCAAUUCAGCCUUGGGCUUGGGGAUGUGAUGGAGGAGGUUGUGGAUCAACCUGAUACACCUCAGGAGCAGGACAAGACCAAAAAGAAAUCUGUGGCGUUUCCACCCAUCGAAGGGAGUGAGACCGCUCCAGAGUUUGUCGCGAAGUACAAGAAGGCUUGUUUGAACCGGAGAGCACUCUUCAAGGAUAUUUCUGACAAGUGGCAAGCAGCGAAGCCUUCCACUGGUCAGUCACUUGGUGUUCCCAAAGAAUUCCCAAACUUUGUCGUUUUUUGGUUUGGAAAUGGCUGA